AAAUAAAUGAAUAAAUGAAAUAAAAUCUCAAUUCUUGUCAGCAGAUGAAAGAAAAAACCUUAAAUUCUGGAAAACAACCGUUGUGCAAAAUAGUGUAUAUAGAGUAAUAAUAGCCAGAACAGCUUUCAAGUGUUACAGCAAAUCAGAGCAGAAAAGAAAAUUAAUGAAAUUCUGGACAGAAUCCUUGAUACAAAAUAGUAUAUCAAUAAAUAAUCAUAAAAAACAAAAAUCUCAAUUUUUGUUUAGCACACAUCCUUUGUCAGAUUUUAAAAUAGGUUUCCAGUGUUAUAGGAGUGUUACAGUGUUUGUGUUAAAACAAACAAACAAGCAAACAAACAAACAACUGGGUGAGCGCAGUGUAACAUGUUUAGGGCCAGGGAGUUCAUAUCUCAGCCAAUAUACGUCAUCUUGUUUUGUGUUGGAUAUUAAAUGACUAAAUUAUUGCCACGCUACUGAAGUCUUAGUACCUUUUUUAAAAACACAUUGUCUACACUUGUUGAGCAUGAGGUUGUGGCUGUUGAGUUGUCACUUCAUACGUUUUUACACUGUCACUCCAAAUGUCCUUUGAAAGAAGGCUGAUUUUUUCAUUCCUUCUUUCAAACCUAAACAGCAUCACUUAACAUUAACAUUACAGGCAUUUAGCAGACGCUCUUAUCCAGAGCGACUUACACAACUUUUUUACAUAGCAUUUUACAUUGUAUCCAUUUAUACAGCUGGAUAUAUACGGAAGCAAUUUCGGUUAAGUACCUUGCUCAAGGGUACAACGGCAGUGUCCUACCCGGGAAUCGAACCUGCGACCUUUCGGUUAUAAGUCUAGUUCCUUACCCACUGUGCUACACUCCGUCCAUGGUGCUGUGCAUCUCAACCUUAAUCAAUGCUGUAUGCAACUCUCUUCCUGCUACGUGAUUGGUUAGACAUGGCUUUGUUUCUGUUUUGAUUGGCUGUUUGUACAUUAUUUGUGUACUUGUUUGUCCUUCCAUGCAAUGAUCUCUAUUGACGUAUUAUAGAAUAUUUCUUAUUUGAGCAUUGAUGAAAAGUUAUAUCAAGGUACAUAUAUAUCAUUAUCAUUAUUGUUUAAUUGCCCAGCCAUAUGUAGUAGUUGUAGUAGUAGCAGUAAUGGUAGCAGUAGUAGCUGUAGUAACAGUACUAGUAGUAGUAGCAGUAUUUGGUGUAAUUUUAUAAUACUUUUGCUGCAGUGAUUUCUAAACCUUUACUUGCCCUUUUAAUUUCUUUAAUAGUUCAGUCCUGCAAACAUAUCAUGACCCUGCGCAUUCAUAUAAAUACAUAAUUCAGCCUUAUGACAAUGAAUGUGUGCCAGUGCACAAGGGGAGGAAGUGGAUAAAGGAUUCAAGGGAUUGUUUACCCAAUCAGAUGCUACUUAUAUAUAAGAUAUAGGAUUUAUGGAAAUUUGAUCGGGACACUGGUUUAACACCCCAGACUCUUCGAAAUAGUUUUCACAGAGACUCUGCUGUCACAUCCUGGAAAAUUCAUCCUAACAUGCAAAUACAAAUUAAAAAAACUAAUGUCCCUCCUCCUGCUCAAAUAAAACAUGGUUUAUAAAUAUGUUAUUUUUAUAAUCUUUGCAGGAUUCAGUGUGUGCAACUAGACCAUGGAGAAUGGAUCAGUGGUGACGUCAUUCAUAUUGAAGCCAUACACUGAACUGGAAGACCAUAGAUAUCUAUACUUCCCAGGUUUCCUGUUAUUGUUCAUCCUUAUGCUAAUGACAAAUAUAAUUCUUCUUACAGUAAUUUAUAUUGAAAAAAGUCUCCAUGAACCCAUGUAUUUUUUAAUGUGUAACUUAUCUGUGAAUGGGAUUUAUGGCACUAUAUCUUUAUUACCAUCAGUCCUUGGCAAUUUAAUGUCUCGUACUUAUGAAAUAUCUCUGGCUGCUUGUUUUUUACAGGUCAUUUGUAUACACACAUAUGGUUCAGUUGAAUUUAAUACUUUAGCAGUGAUGGGCUAUGACCGAUAUGUUGCCAUUUGUCAUCCAUUACACUAUCACCAAUUAAUGUCUCAUAGAAAAGUAUGCACCCUUAUUGCAUUGUCCUGGAUUUAUCCUUUCAUUAUAUUUGGGCUGUAUUUCAUAUUAACUCUACUGUAUACAUUUUGUGGCAGGAUAAUAGAAAAGGUGUAUUGUGUUAACUUUGAAUUAGUGAAACUGUCUUGUUUUGAAAUUUCUUUCCACAGCAAAGUUGGCUUUGUUGUAACUGUUUUUUUAAUUGUUCCACAGCUGCUCAUGAUACUAUAUUCAUAUGCACAAAUACUCAGAAUCUGCCUGUCUGCUUCAAAGGAGUCUCAGGCCAAAGCUAUUCAAACGUGCACCCCACACUUACUGGCUGUGAUUAACUAUGCAGUGGGAGCCUUUUUUGAUAUUAUCCAGAGUCGUUUCAACAUGAGUCAUGUACCGUAUAAAGCUCGCAUAUUUCUUGCCCUUUACUUUCUGAUAUUUCCCCCAUUGCUUAAUCCUGUAAUUUAUGGAAUUAGCAUUCAAGCUAUCAGGAUUCAGAUUUUCAAACUGUUCAUUACUUGUAAAAAUUACACAUGUUUAAGCCAAUAAUGAGCUCAAAUGGAGUUCCACUUGGUGACAGGCUCAAUGAAACUUCUGGACACUGGUUGCUUUGCAAGAGGACAAGAAAACUAUUAUUUCUGCCUGUUGAAUUCAAUCCCUUUUUUUUACCAUUCUGCUCAACUAAACUACUUAAGUUGUUGUGGGAAGUAACAUAAAUAAUAAAAACACGGCCUUUUAAAGUUUAGACGACCACACAUUCAUGUAACAACCCAUAGAAACAUUUUUUAUGUUCUAUUUUCUCAAAGGUUUGCAAGAAAGCAAGUGAAAUUAUCUUAAAUAAAUUUCAUUUGGAGAUCUCCGUUCACCCGACAGGUUCCUUUAGUUUCACAAAUGAGUAAUUAGAGGCAUAAAUCAGACAGUCUCUCAUCACAGAAAUUGAUUAAGAGCGUUACAUGAGGCCAUCUAUGGCUUGAAGAGAUAUAGAUAAUCAGGUAUGUAGUGUAGUGCUCAUUAUCUAGGGCUCACAAAGAUCAUGUCUGCAGUGUGGUAGAAAGCAUUUUAGUUUUACAAAUGGGUGUUUAUUUACUUAUUUAUUUAUUUAUUUAAAUAUUUUAAUUAUAGUGAAAA